AUGUCACUGCUAGCCCCAGCACAGCGCCUCGCCUCUGCUGCUGCUCUAAAGCCGCAGUAUCUUUUUGCUGCUGCUGCUACUUGUUGCUGCUGCCGAACAGCAUGGCUGCAGCAGAAGCAAGCACUGCUGCAGCAGCUGCAGCAGCAGCACCAGCAGCAGCAGAGAAGGUGCUUCAGCACCUUCAGCCGCUUCACUAGGCACACACCGCAACCCUCACCAGCAGCAGCAGCAGCAGCAGCAGCAAAUGCAACAGCAACAACUGCAGCGGCACCGGCUAGCCGGUUCUCUCGCCGCCCAGUCCCUCCACUGCAGCAGCAGCAGCAAUCGGAGCAGCAGCAGCAGCAGCAGCAGCAGCAGCAACCACAGCAGCAGCAGCAGCAGCAAAGUGUACCCCCUUUGUCUCUCUCUGAGGCACUAUACUUAGCUAAAGAAGGAGGCUACUACACAGUAAAAGAACUGCAGAAGAUUAUACUGACCUCCCCCUCAUUCUCCUCAGAUGCGUCUCCCUUCUUGCUGGAGAACGUGUUUAGUUCGCUGGGAUCGGACGAUCCCGAGGACCCCACAACUCUAGCAGAUGAUUUGCAAGAAGAAGAGACAGCAGAAAAAGAGGGGGGUCGAUCGAGUCGGAUCAUCUGUCCCGCUGCGUGGGGUCCUCUGUCAGGUGCUUGGGAUCGUGUGUUCUUGUCUGGGAUCGUGCGUGUGUGCGGUCGUGAGGAGGUGUACACCCGUUGGGCAUAUAUAUCCAGUCGCCUUGAGGUGCUGCAGCCGCUGCAGGUAGCAGGUGCUGCAGGUUUAUUCGAUGUAGAUAUCCAUGUAAGAGGGGGGGGCCCCUCAGGGCAAGCUGGUGCUGCACGCCUGGCAGUGGCUAGGGCCCUUGUUGAGGCUUGUGAAGACUGCCAGCCAGAGCUGCAGGAAGCAAUGAUGUUGUACGAGGACACGCGGCAGCGGAUGCCGAAGAUGCCCGGAAGAAUGAAGGCGCCUUGCAUACCAUUCAGAAGGAGACAGCAGCAGCAGCAGCAGCAGCAGCAGCAGCAGCAGCUGCAGCUGCAACAGAAGCACCAGAAGCAACAGAUAGAGCAACUGCAGCUAAAGCAAGAGCUACAAAAACACCAGCAGCAGCAACAGCAGCAGCAGCUGCAGCAGCAACAGCAGCAGCAGCAGCCUGUAGAGCCUGUGCAUACAGGAGGAGACAAAUGGAGUAGGGUCUCCUUUCUGCAGCAGCUGCAGCUAGCUGCUGCAUAUGUGCUGAUGCUGUGGCUAAGCAAUAGCUGCUUAGCUGUCUCCUCACUUUCUUCUUAUCAGAUUGCUCGCUGCUCUGCUGUCCCUGUCUCUUUGCUGCUAGAGAUAUUAAGUGUUUUGCCCUCCUCAGCAGCAGCAGCAGCAGCAGCAGCACCAGACACAGACGCAACAGCAACAGCUGCAGCAACUGACAAAGAAGCAGCAGCAGCAGCACCGCACACAGAAGAAGCAGCAGCAACAGACAUACAAGCAGCAACACCAGCAACAGCAGAUACAGAAGCAGCAGCAGAUACCUCAGCAGAACCCUCAAAGGCGAGGACAGCGGCUACGCCGGCAUCAGCAGCAGCAGCAGCAGCAGCAACAGCAGCAGCAGCACUUGAGGGUAGCCGUCUAUAUCUGCUGCAUCGAAUAAAGACAAAAGGAGACAAUAUGAAGCAAAAAGCGCAGCAAGUCGGCCACUGGCGUAUUAUUUCUGCUGUUGCUGUUGCUGCUGGUGUUGCUGUUGCUGCAGCAGACGGUAGGGGUCUUGAUAUGCAUGCAGCGAUGCUCGGUGUUGCUGCUUCUGCUGCUGGUGCGGUGUAUAUGCACCUCGCUAAGGAUCUCCUCCACAAACAAGCAGGAGCUGCUACAGCAGCAGCAGCAGCAGCUGCAGCUGCUGCUGCUGCAGCUGCAGCUGCUGCUGCUGCGGCGGCGGCUACAAGAACUGCUGCCCCACUACCAGCAGCAGCAGAAGCACAAGCAGCAGCAGCGCAAACACCUCCUACCCAAGCAACAGCAAGUGCAGCAGAAGCAGAAGCAGCAGCACAGCAGCAGCAGCAGCAACACAGCAGCAGCAGCAGCAGCAGCAGCAGCAGCAGCACAGAGGACACAAGGGAGAUUCAGGAGAAGCUGGAGGUGAUAUUAGCGCUGCGUGUUGCUGCUGUCGGUGCUUUGCUGCUGUUUGUUCUUGCUGCAUUCAGUCGCGAGCCUGUGCUGCUGCUGCAGCGGCUGCAGCAGCAGCAGCAGCAGCCGCAGGCGCAGCAGCAAGAGCAGCAGCAGACUGUGGAUUUGAUGCUUAAGGAGACUGUCUCCUUUAGCUUGCUGCGUAGCGGGUUUUACUAA